AUGGAGGAAUUUGAAGUAUGGCUUCGCACCGCGCAUAUAGAGAGCGUGCUGCACUCACAAGACAGGGAAGCAGAGAGCCCUCAAGGCGAAGACAAAGAGCUCACUGAGCCCGGCGCACAGUUGCACGAUGAUGAUGAGGCUGAGGAUGUUAUUUACGUUAGCGGGUCCGGGGUAGAUGACUCUCAGGACCAGCUGCAGGCCGGUCAAGACUACCCGCCGGACCCGGCCGCUCAAGAAGAGAGCCUGCCGGGCGAGUGCGUGCCCGCCAGGACUGAUCACCCUGACACGGAAAAGCCGCACUCGUACCUUACGCCCUGGGACAUUUACCACCCCCAACAAAGCUGGGAGGCAACUUUCAUAGCAGGGCGCCUCGCCGGGAGCAUCGGCACGGUGAACGGGAAGCCCAUCACAAAGGCACAAGUGCGGAAGCUCAUAAGCCGGGACCGUGCCGAGCGCCCCGAAGCUCAGGGACCGGUAAUGCCGGGCCUGAGAAAGAGCCCAAAUGGGCUCUACCAUAGGAAAGACCUUCCGCCCCUCCAAAGACCCCGGCUGACUUGA